AGGCGGUCGUUUUUCUUUGGGUGAGGGGAUGAGGCGAAGGGGCGGGGCUAGGCCUUGGGGAGCAAAUUGGUCUCCUGUAUUCGCGAGCUUCAGAGGGAAUUAGGUGACGGGACGUCGGUUGAUGCUCCUUUGCGGCACGAGGGGGCUGUAAUCAUGGCAAUGACUGGUCCAGCACCUUGCUCAUCCAUGAGCAAUCAUACUAAGGAACGAGUUACAAUGACAAAAGUGACUCUAGAAAAUUUCUACAGCAAUCUGAUUGCACAGCAUGAAGAACGGGAAAUGAGACAAAAGAAAUUAGAAAAAGUGAUGGAGGAAGAAGGCUUAAAAGAUGAAGAGAAAAAAAUCAGGAGGUCAGCACAUGCCCGGAAAGAAACAGAGUUUCUGCGCCUAAAAAGGACAAGACUUGGGUUGGAAGAUUUUGAGUCUUUAAAAGUGAUAGGCAGAGGAGCAUUUGGAGAGGUACGGCUUGUUCAGAAGAAAGAUACAGGUCAUGUAUAUGCAAUGAAAAUCUUACGCAAAGCAGACAUGCUUGAAAAAGAACAGGUUGGCCAUAUCCGGGCAGAGCGUGACAUACUAGUGGAGGCAGACAGUUUGUGGGUUGUAAAAAUGUUCUAUAGCUUUCAGGAUAAGCUAAACCUCUACUUAAUAAUGGAGUUCCUGCCUGGAGGUGAUAUGAUGACAUUAUUGAUGAAAAAAGAUACCCUAACAGAAGAGGAGACUCAGUUUUAUAUUGCAGAGACUGUACUAGCUAUUGAUUCAAUUCAUCAGUUGGGUUUUAUUCAUCGUGACAUCAAGCCAGAUAACCUCCUUUUGGACAGUAAAGGGCAUGUGAAGCUUUCAGAUUUUGGUCUCUGCACUGGUCUAAAGAAAGCUCAUAGAACCGAGUUCUAUAGAAAUUUGAGCCACAGUCUUCCCAGCGACUUCACUUUUCAGAAUAUGAAUUCCAAAAGGAAAGCAGAGACUUGGAAAAGAAACAGACGGCAGUUGGCCUUCUCUACUGUAGGAACUCCAGAUUAUAUUGCUCCAGAGGUUUUCAUGCAGACUGGCUACAAUAAGCUUUGUGACUGGUGGUCACUUGGAGUCAUUAUGUACGAGAUGCUAAUUGGUUAUCCUCCUUUCUGCUCAGAGACUCCUCAAGAAACAUAUAAGAAAGUGAUGAAUUGGAAAGAGACUCUGAUAUUCCCUCCAGAGGUUCCAAUCUCUGAAAGAGCUAAAGAUCUUAUUCUAAGAUUUUGCUGUGAAUGGGAACAUCGAAUUGGUGCUCCAGGUAUUGAAGAAAUCAAAACAAACCCUUUUUUUGAAGCGGUGGACUGGGAGCAUAUCAGGGAGAGACCUGCUGCAAUAUCAAUAGAGAUCAAAAGUAUUGAUGAUACUUCAAACUUCGAUGAAUUUCCAGAAUCUGAUAUCCUUAAACCUGCAGUGACUACAAGUAACCAUCCGGAGACAGACUACAAGAAUAAAGACUGGGUCUUUAUCAAUUACACAUACAAGCGUUUUGAGGGCUUGACAGCUCGAGGGGCAAUUCCAUCCUACAUGAAAGCAGGAAAGUAGUGACUCAUAACAAAACUAUUUCUGAGCUUUGGUUCUUCCUUGUCAGUACAAAUUCUUUUUCUACCCUUUACAAAUUAAACCCAAGGACUGUGAACUCAAAGAGUGCAAGAUAACAUCUUUAUGCACUGUUUACAAAAAAAAAAGGAUUUAUCCAUGGGAAUAUGUCCACGAAUGGUAAUUGUGGCCUGCCUUUGCAAGAUUUAUUGUGGAUAUAAGGUUCUUCUGGCUUUAGUUAACAUUCUGGAGACUGCUUCAUCAACAAGGAGGAAAGAGUGAACUUUACUAAUGCUGCAAAGCAUAGCAUAAUUUGUGUGUGUGUGUGUGUGUGUGUGUGU